UUUUAUUUUUUUUAAAUAGGUUUCGAUACGCAUUCUAAAUGAGUAUUUUAUAAAAUUAGUUGCAUAAAUAUGCAUGUACACGCCUUAUCUGUUGCUCUGCUACAACACUAGAGAUACAAACUUAUUGUUUUUAACUUUUCUCUAUAAUUUUAGGUGAAGCUAUCAUUUCUAAUGGUCGGGCAUACUCAUGAGGACAUUGAUCAGGUGUUUUCAAGGAUAAGUUGCCACAUGAAACAUGUAGAUGCCCCAACAUUACCGGCUCUCCUACAUGCAAUUGGUGAUUCAACAACACCUUCACCACAAGUUGUAAAUCUGGAAGGCAUAUACAACUACAAGGCAACUUUAGAAAAUGUUAGAGGAAUGAUUGAAGGAAUAUCAGGGCCUCAUCAGUUCAUGAUAAAGAAGAAAGAGGGGAAGGUAAUUCUUCACUAUAAGGACUGGCCUAUAGACAAGAGCUACAAAACCUUAGAUAUACAUGAGAGAAUUCCGGAAGACUUGUCUGUAGAGCCAGUUCUCAUGAACCCCAAAAUGAAAGAGGAGGCAAAGAAAAUGGAAAACGAAAUUGAAAAAUGGAAAAUGAGCGGCAGGCUAGGAGAGGAGGAGGUACUUUGGUGGAGGAAUUAUUUAAAACUGAAAGUGAUGAAGCCUAAUGUACCAAAGGUGAACCAGCUCCCAAAGUAUAAGCCACCUGUUCAGAAUCCUCAUAUUAUCAAUGAAAAUGUGAUACAAGCAAUUCAAUUAGCAGAGGAAAAGGAGAAAAAAAGAUCAAAUUUAAAACUGAAAGGAAGGAAAGGUGUAAAAAAAACCAGGAAGUGAAUAAACUGUGUUUGAUAAAAGUGGUGAAGGUUUUGGCGCUGUCUGUAUGGAGUAUAUGACUGAAAAUCUUAGAAAAAAGUGGUUUUUUAUCAUUUGUUUAUUUGCCAUUGGCACAAUUAAAGAAUAGAAACAUGUUGUGUAAACUAAAUAUCAGUUAAGUAAAUACUUUAUCUUAGAUUUUUUUGCAAAGAACAUGCUAUUUAUUUUACAAAUAUUUAAUUUUGGGGCCACUAAAUUUGGACAUGUUUU